AUGCUCCCUAAAACAGCGCGCCUGUGGGCUUUUCUGUGUUUGGCUUUGAUCGUCCAGAGUGCAGUUUCGCAGAGUUUUGAUGUUGUCAAGAGGGACGACAAUCCGACACCUACGACUAUACCGACCUCAUCUUCAUCGGCACCGAAAGGGACCAAUUCUGCUCAAAUAGACAAUGAUGGGAAGGACCCAAAAGAAAGAGGAGGAGAGUCGCUUUCAUCGACAUUGAGUGGCACCAUCACCGACGCGCCAACUUCGACAAACCGUCCGACGAGUACUCUGCCGCUCACCAUUGCCACUGACGGACCCUUGGACAAUGCCACAUUCUUUAACGCAACGAUACCUAAUGGUCAGCUACCACUGCCACCCCGACUCACUCCCGGCUGGGGAGUCGCAGGAGUCAUUAUGCUCGUAACCGGCGUGAUUUACACACUGGUUGGAAUAAAGAACAGAUGGAUCCACACCUUCUUUUCCACUGCGUAUAUGACGGCGCUUGGCGUAUCAGUGUUAAUCGUAUACGUUAUGAAUGUUCCCGUCAGUAACGCAUUGCAAGGCGGGUACGUUGUUGCUGUGGUCAUGUCAGGUUGCGCUAUUGGCGCCGCAGCAAUGUUUUUCAAGGAACUUACCGAAGGAUUUGGGUGUGCCUUGGGUGGAUUUUGCAUUAGUAUGUGGCUUCUUUGUUUGGUUCCCGGUGGACUGUUGCACGCAGUUGCCUCCAAAGCCAUAUUCAUUGCAGUCUUUACAAUCGCUGGCUUUGCGUUCUACUUCAGCCGAUGGACACGGGACUGGGCCCUUAUCUUCAUGAUAUCCUUCGGAGGUGCUACAAUCACUGUUUUAGGUAUCGAUUGCUUCAGCCGGGCUGGCCUCAAAGAAUUCUGGGCCUAUGUGUGGGACAUUAACGACAACCUGUUCCCCCUUGGCGCGGAUACCUAUCCUGUGACGAAGGGCAUCCGGGUUGAGACAGCAGCUGUGAUAAUCAUUUUCUUAGUUGGCAUAAUUUCGCAGAUCAAACUGUGGAGAAUUGUCCGUGAGAAGAGAGAAAAGAGGGCCGCUGAGCGCGCUGAGGAUCAACGCAAUUUGGAACAUGAGGAAGAAAAUGUCGGACGCCAUAUUGAAGACCUGAAUGCUCGGGAACGGCGUCAAUGGGAACGAGCAUACGGAGAUGGCAUGAGCCACAGCAUCACCGACUCUCGUGCAACUGACUAUGGAGAUGUGGGAAGCGAAAAGAAACUCCGGCCCAGUUAUGUUGAAUCUAAGCAACGCACUUCUGGCGAGGUCAUCGAAAUGGCAGACAUGUCGGAGUCGGACUCAUCGAGAAACGGAAUGGACGGAUUAAUGGCCAAUGAAGACACCGACGAAGGAAAAAUUACUGUUCGGGUCGCUGCUGAUGACGUCCCUGACUCGACGACGGAUAUUGAGGCAGAACGGCUGGAUGAAAAGGCGCCUUCAAGUUUGGAAGCAAAUGUGCCCACAGACGGGAAGUGGCACUCAAAGGAAACCACGGCUGGCAAGCGCCGCCCCCAGGCUCACACUAUGACGGAGGUGCCUGAGGUGAUUUCAUUGCCAUUCACUGUCCCUGAAGCAGCUGAUUCUGCGUCCGAGGGAGACCGAUCUUCGAUUGCCACUUUUGCUGAUGACGUGGAGGCGACCGCUGCUGAGCCGUUGAAGCACAGGUCGCUCGUAAAGAGGCUAUCUCAAGGAUCUGUGACACUCCUUCGAAGCUUUUCUCAGAGAUCUGGCCGUACAGGAGGUGUAGGAGGCGACGUGGCCUCCGAUGCGGGUGAGAGCACUGAGGAACUUUUUUUGGAGAAGACUCGCAGACCUGAGAAUGAAGGAGGAUCCUUGGCAGCUACUAUUGACGAUGAAAGCGUCAGCGGAGGAAAUCUUCAUUCAAUAACCGGUGAUGAUGAACUGCGCAAUAUCCACGAGGGUGAUGAAACGAAUAGACGGAGCAUUGAGAUUGAUGCUCAGCUUGGCAAAAAAGGCGACACAAUACGACAUAGUGUCAAGUCGACGAAACCAAAAACAAGGUCUGGCCCAACUUCGACCGCAACCUCUAGCCCGGUCGUUGGCAUCAGUGAGCCAAAUGAAGAUACCACCACUGAGCUUAGAGAUACAUUGCCAACGUCAGAAGACAAGACUGUGCAACUGGGUGGUGAACCAUGCGCCGACUUGACUCCUCCCGAAGCCUCGGAACGAGCUAAGUCCGUUGCAACCGCUUCUUCUACUCCCGCGAGCUUGACCAAGGAUCGCUUGCCUAGGCCGCUUUCGAAAGCCGCCAUGUCUUAUAGAACUAAUGAGUGGGCGAAGCACUUGAGCAAUGCCGAGUGUCCUGAACCUGAUGCACUGCAAGUUACUCUUGGAAGAACAAAGGAGGUAAAAAACAGUACUGAGAAGGCUGCUCCGGUCAAUGUUGCAGAGCUUCAGAAGACAGCUAAGGAUGGAACUCCUGCACCGGCCGUGAGGCGAUCAAUAUCUCAAGCUUCAGACAUGGGAAACAAUACUCACCUAGCCAAGCGUUCCUCAAAACAAGACCUAUCACCACCCACACGUCUUGUAACGCCUUCAUCUUCAACAGGAUUAGAAACGUCCGGCGAACAGCGAACGCCAUUAUCGCCUGUCAUAGCGCCUGCAGCGCUUCUUCGAAAGUCCUCUGGCCCUCGACAUUCGACGUCCAACUUCAUGCCAAUCGCUGAGGAGAACUCUCUUCAGGCGGUAGACUCGCCCAUUGUCCGGGAUGAAGCAUCUGAGAAGCAACAGCCAGCUUCGAACAACUCGUCAGCAAUCGUACUAGACGGUUCUCCGGCGACAGUACUGGGACGAAAUCCAACGUCAGGUGUAGUUUCGUACUCGAGUCCCCAAACCCUCAUUGGACAACGUGAAAUGUUCCUUCGAAGCAAGUCUCAGGGAAGCCUGUUGUCAAGCACGCCAGAGCCUAUAUUCGCACACCAGGGACCUGGCAGCGACGCCGGCUCGCUUUUCAACUAUCCUACGUAUGCUGCUGCCUUCAACGUGGCCGAUCCUGACGAUGUUCCUUUAAGUCAACGGAAGGAGAUCAUGCGCCAAAGCAGCUUGAUGUCCUUGUCACGUUCGCCAUCCCAAUCCAUAAAGGCGCCGUCACGGCCCACAUCUGGAUUUGAGAGCUCUGAAAGCAUCGUAUUCAACUCUCACCAACCCAGGAGAGUAUCUACUCUUCCCACACAGGCCGUGCGAGAGGCUCAGCUGGCCAGUUUCCGACAAUCUGUACAGCAGGAACUCCGUUCAGGAACACCGAUUAUAAUGCCUUCAGGACGUGAAACGCCGUUCGGGCCAUCGACUUUACUGGGCGGCGGCCGAGAGGCAGAAGUGCAGCGCAACAUCGAAAUGCAACGGAGCGUUCUCAUGGGACAGAAAGAGGCAGAAGCACAGCGCAGAGAAUCGCAAAAACGUGAGAGAGAACAUGCAGACCGUGCAUUUGACGAGCGGAUGCGAAACGGAGACAUGCUUGACGCUCACAGAGAGGCCAUGCGGAAAAUGCAGAAAGGCGCUCGCUAG